AUGAUGUCCUAUCGCCUAUCAUAUCCAUUAUACCUGGAUGUAAGCGAUCACAACAAGCACAAUCCUUUACAGAUUAAUCGCAUCACUGGUUAUCACUCAGAAAGCAGUACCAGUCCGGCCACUGCUCUCAUCAAUUUGAAUACAUUCUACGAGAAUAUGAUGACCAGUGGUCACAACAGUACCAUAACCACCAGAUCACACCUCCCAUCACUUGGCAUCUCUAGCAAUGAGUACUACAACUCAUCCAUUGGUGGCAACAAAAAGCUAUUACCAGAAAGUGAUUCAUCGAAAUCUUCGUUCUCUAUCGAAGCCAUAUUAGGCAUCAAUAAUCGUCAAAAUAAUAACUACCUCUCGGCUCAAGAUUGCAAUCAAUACCACUUGAAUGGCAUUAAAUAUAGGCCCGAAUACAGCACUCAUGAUAUGUAUGCCAAAGCAAGCAAUCUUUCAAAAGCAAAGAGCAUCGCAUCCGUCUCUCCCGACUCCACAGCCAAAGUAACCCAGUCCCCCAGUCCCCAGUCCUCCAGUGCCAGACUGCAACACUACUGGACUAUUGAAUUGAAUUCAUUGCCCAAUAAUGAGAGGAAAGGCAGAAGUUUAUCAAUUCAUAUGAAAGUGAAUAAUAAACGAAGCAUUGAUUGCGACCUCAACUCAAGAGUCAAAUUGGAGGAGAGAGUGAUUGGAGAGGAGUGUGGAUCUCAUGGCAAGUCGAAGAGAGUGCGAACCAUCUUCACUCCGGAACAACUCGACAAACUCGAGACACAGUUUGAAAAGCAACAGUAUAUGGUGGGCCCCGAAAGGCUAUACCUCGCCUCCACUCUCAACUUGUCCGAAGCACAAGUGAAGGUCUGGUUCCAGAACCGGCGAAUCAAAUGGCGGAAACAGCACCAGGAGAAGGAACAGGCGCUCAUCAAAAAACAGUGCAUCCCUUGUGAUGAGCCCUUGCAUAUUGACAGCUCACCCAUAGAAGCAAAUUCUGACCUUUGUCAUUCAUCCAAUUCACUCGAUAUAAUUCAUUGAUUAUUAUAUCACUUCACGUGC